AUGGUCCAUUUGCAACCCUCUAGUGAAUUUAGCGUGGAAAUUCAACCAAUAUUACUAAUUAUUCUCGUAACUUAUCUACAUCCAGCAUGCUCGUCCAAGUAUUAUAAAAUUGAAGUAAACAACAAAUUGGAUAGUCUAGUUGCAAGUCACGAUGCACAGGUUGCUCAAACAAAAAAAGAUCAAACCUCAUUUAAUCCAAAUAGUUGGUCACAUGUUACAAUUGUAGGUAUUAUUUUGUUUGCGAUUGGUACAUGUAUAUGUGAAUCCUGCUGUCUCUGUUCUGAUUGUGGCUAUAAACACUUUCGCCGAUAUCGUACACGUCGCGCCGCAAAAGACCAUCAGACAAUUCAGCAUUUGAACAAAUCUGGAUUAUCAUCUAAUAUCCCAGUUUUAAACCAUCUAAUGUCUACAGUUGAACAACGUACUCGUCCACCAUCAACUACAACACCAAACGUUGAACAACAACCGCUAUCGUCAGCAGAAAUUGGUAAACUAGUUUACUAUAUACAACAGAAACAACAAAAACCGUUGGAAUCUCUCAAUAAAUCUGUCCAAGCGACAGCUCCAAUAUUUCACAAAACUCAAAGUCUAACAACAUUGGCUCAAAACUAUGGUUAUUAA